UGGUGAGUCUCCCAUCACCACCACCACCCCCUCAGGCUACGCACACACACUGCCUUGAGCAAUUCUCAGCCAGAAUUUCUGUCCCAGUCAUACCAGCAACCAAGUCAACAGCCACCUGGGGAGAUAGGGCUGGCUAGACCUUUUUGGGGUUUCAUUCAAACCCAACCUAUUUGAAGGUGAAGGGCUGCUGUGGGUGUGAAGAGACAGGGCCACAAAUAAAACAAGGAUUGUAAAGCAACCCUUCCCAGAAUUCAGCAGUAACCUGGCCUAUAUCUUGGCAUCCAGAAAAGUCAGAAGGUUCUUACUGAAAACAGAGGAGGCAGCUGCAGUCCGAGGAGCUUGUGACUUGCUGGAAAGGUGGCCCCAGCUCUCUACACCAACACUCCUCUCUGCCAACGUGAGUUAGAGUCAAGGAUACAGACACCACUUCUUCCACAUCAGCCAACCAUCUGCCCUGAGGAGUGAAUAAGCAGCCUCUGUUCCAGGACCACCAGAGUCCUCAGCACCCUGAAGAAUGUCCAAGCAGGAUUUGAGUGUCACAGCAAAACUCAUCAAUGGAGGCAUGGCAGGGCUCCUGGGGGUGACCUGUGUAUUCCCCAUUGACUUGGCCAAGACUCGACUUCAGAACCAACAUGGAAAAGAUAUCUACAAAGGAAUGAUAGAUUGCCUGAUGAAGACAGCAAGGGUAGAGGGCUUUCUGGGCAUGUACCGAGGAGCUGCAGUGAACCUCACCUUGGUCACUCCAGAGAAGGCCAUUAAGCUGGCAGCCAAUGACUUUUUCCGACAGUUGCUUAUGGAAGAUGGGAUGCAGCGGAAUCUGAAGAUGGAGAUGCUAGCUGGAUGUGGAGCUGGAAUGUGCCAGGUGGUGGUUACCUGUCCCAUGGAAAUGCUCAAGAUUCAGUUGCAGGAUGCUGGGCGCUUAGUCCAUCACCAUGGUUCAGCCUCAGCACCUGCCUCUAGGUCCUACACCAUUGGAUCAGCUUCCACACACAAGUGUCCAUCGGCCACUGUCAUUGCCUGGGAGCUGCUUCGAACCCAGGGCCUGGCUGGUCUCUAUAAGGGUUUGGGUGCCACUCUUCUCAGAGAUAUUCCCUUCUCCAUCAUCUACUUCCCUCUGUUUGCCAACCUCAACAACCUUGGUUUCAACGAACUUACUGGGAAGGCUUCCUUUGUUCAUUCCUUUAUGUCAGGCUGUGUUGCAGGUUCCAUAGCGGCUGUCAUAGUAACACCUCUGGAUGUUUUGAAAACUCGAAUUCAAACGCUCAAGAAAGGUCUGGUUGAGGACAACUACAGUGGGAUCACUGACUGUGCCAGGAAACUCUGGAUUCAGGAGGGACCAUCUGCCUUCAUGAAAGGAGCAGGCUGCCGAGCCCUUGUCAUAGCCCCUCUCUUUGGGAUUGCCCAAGGUGUCUACUUCAUUGGUAUUGGAGAACAUAUCUUAAAGUGUUUUGAAUAAAUAUAGCUGGAAUUCAGGUCCCUUCACUGGCUUCCAUCUCUCUACCCACCAUGUAUUUUGUCCUAUAACUUGUAGUACUACCUAAGUCUCAGAAGAAACAACCUUAUUCUUAUAAGCAAGGUGGCUACAGCUCUAUUCUGCCUCAGAAGCCCCUAACCAACUACCUUUCAACAGAAGUAGUACAUGCUUUGGUUGUAUUAACUGUAGGACCUUAACAGAAAGUAAAGAUAGAAGGGUUGUUUCUACAUUUUACAUUUCUAUUUCACACCUCAAGCUCAGUAUACUUGAGUCAUUUGGAGGAUUCAGUUUUGUUAUUCUGAGCUAAAUAGCUUAUGGUUAGUCCUAGCAUUCAUUUUGGGCAAAAAGAGAAUCAAAAGUUCAAGGGGACCAUAUAAGUCCUCAAAGUCAGCAUCUAGUUUAAAACCAACCAAAUCCUUUCAAAUUAUGGAUGGCUAAGGGAUAAGGCCAACUAAAACCAAGUAGCCAGGCCAAAGUCAGGGCAGCCAUCCUGCCCCAUUUCCUCCUUCUGAAAAACAGGCUCUAAAAGACCAACUAGAGGCUCGGGGCAUAAAUUCGUGCACCAGU